AUGAUGGCGACAGCACUCGAUCAGUCGCAGUGCGACUUGCUUGCAGGCGAUCCCAUCGUCGAAUCCGUUUCCAUCACUCCUCCGCAGAGUGCCAACGGCAAGAAGGAAGCGCCCGAAGGCGUGCCCUCUGAGCUGUCUGAUCUCGAGCUUGACCACAGAUCUGCCCCGGCACCCGAUACAAGCAAGAUCAAGCAGGAGGAAGUGGAGGAGAAGGUCGAGGAAAUUGAAGAAAUUGAGCCCGAUCAUUACUAUGGCGGCGGCAAAGUUCCUGUUUUCAAGCCGACAAUGGACCAAUUCCGAGACUUCCAAGGCUUCAUCAACAAAAUCAAUAAAUACGGAAUGCAGACGGGCAUCGUGAAAGUUAUUCCCCCGAAAGAAUGGUCUGAGUCUCUUCCACCACUGGACGAGGCAGUCAAGAAAAUUCGAGUGAAAAACCCCAUCAUGCAAGAGUUUCAUGGAUCCCACGGUACAUACACCCAAGCCAACAUCGAACGUCAACGCUCGUACAAUCUUCCUCAGUGGAAGGGCCUUUGUGAAGAAAGCAGCCACCAACCCCCCGCUCGCCGAGGAGAGAGACGCCGAAACCAAGAACGCGUGAACCGUGCGGCUCCGACACCGCGGCCCCCGUCUGCCCGCCCCGAGGGUCAGAAGCGCCGGCCUGGCCGCCCUCCUAAGCGGGCAAAUCAGGCCAAGGUCAGAGAGGAGCACCCUGCAGAUGAUGCCGAAAAGUCCAGAUUGGAAGGCCCUCCGACGCCCGUAUCACCGGAAACUAACCCUGUGGAGCCCAAGACCGAGGACUUAAGUGAAGGCGAAUCCCUUCCUACCUCAAAACCAAAGGGACGACAGCCCAAGUCCGUAACCUCACGCCGAAAGAAUAACCGCGGCGAUGCUAUCGACCAAGUUGACGAGGAGGCGUACACGGGAUUUGAUUACCGGAUCCACGAUCACGAAGAAUACACCGCAGAAAGAUGCGAGGAGCUUGAGACUAAUUACUGGAAGUCGCUCAUGUACAACAACCCGAUGUACGGUGCUGACAUGCCCGGUUCGCUCUUCGAGGACUCUACCGAGACCUGGAAUGUCGCCAAGCUGCCGAAUCUUCUCGAUGUGCUCGGACAGAAGGUUCCUGGGGUCAACACUGCAUAUCUCUACAUGGGCAUGUGGAAGGCUACCUUCGCUUGGCAUCUUGAGGAUGUAGAUCUGUACAGCAUCAACUACAUCCACUUCGGUGCCCCCAAGCAGUGGUACAGCAUCUCUCAGGAAGAUGCACCUCGCUUUGAACAGGUCAUGCGCAGCAUCUGGUCUAGUGAUGCGAAGAAUUGCGAUCAAUUCCUUCGCCAUAAAACAUAUCUCGUCUCGCCUAGCCUUCUGAAAUCGCAGUAUGGGAUCACCGUUAAUCGAUUGGUUCAUUACGAAGGGGAGUUUGUCAUCACAUUCCCUUACGGGUACCACUCUGGGUAUAAUAUCGGAUAUAAUUGUGCCGAGUCAGUCAAUUUCGCGACAGAGCAAUGGUUAGACUAUGCUCGCAUCGCUAAGAAGUGCAACUGCGAAGCAGACAGUGUCUGGAUCGAUGUGGACGAGAUCGAGCGCAAGCUGCGUGGCGAGAGCACACCCGAGUACUAUGGUGAAUUCGAAAGCGAGUUCGAUGGAUUCGAAGGUGCUUCAGAUCUUCUUACACCGCCCCGUAGUGUGCCUGAGAAGACGUCCACUCGUGGCCGAAAGAGGAAGAACCCCGAUGACGGGCCGAACACGAAACGACCCAAGCUCCAUCCCGAAGGGCCAAGAAAGCUCCCAUGUUUGCUAUGCCCUAACAAUCUGGACUAUGAGGAUCUACUUCCGACCGAAGAUGGUAAAGGACAUGCGCAUCGACGGUGUGCGGCAUUCAUUGAAGAGACCACAAUUCUCCGUGACGCAACUGGUACGGAAGUUGUGUGUGACAUUGACAAGAUCCCCAAGGCUCGCCUGGGCCUUAAAUGUCUCUUUUGUCGCGAAGUCCGCGGUGCCUGCUUCCAGUGUAACUUCGGCAAAUGCACGCGCGCUUAUCAUGCAACCUGUGCCCUUUUGGCAGGUGUUCAAGUUGAACACGGCGCGAUUGCUGUGAUUGCCGAUGAUGGCACGCAAUACUCAAUUCCGAGUGUUGAUUUAAAAUGCAAAUUCCAUCGUCAGAAGCGCCCGAAUGGAGUCCUGGGCGAAUCGUCUGAUGUGGAUCGUCGGGUAAUCGAAUCGGCUCGUCGUCUGGUGCAAGGAAACUUAAUCCAGUUUCAGGCUGAUAAGGAGAUCAAUGGUGCCAUUGUUCUUGAAAAUCGACCCUCGGAGCGGAGUCUCUUGCUCAAGGUCCUCCCAAGGGGAGAUGUGAUUGAAAUGCCUUAUCGCUGGAUGCUCGUUGUCCGCAAGAGCAAUUUCACACCCCUGGCGCUAGGAAUUCAACCCCUCCCAGCCCACCUAGCGCGAAAACCCGAACAGCGAAAAGAGUUAGAAUCAGCGGUACCGGCGGCAGGCAGUGCAUUUGGCGAUUCACGAUCUCCCUAUCAGUGGGCCGAAUUUGAGACGGUGGAUGGAACUAGGAACCAAUUUGCCCCACUCCGCACGGUCAACCUUCAGGGUGAGCAGAUGUGGUAUUAUUUGGGCAUGCAGUCCACCGAAAGUAGGGCACAGUAUACACACAACCCUAGCGUGUCCGUCCACAACCCUCGGGCCAAUUUCCUCGAUAGCGUCAAGUCGGUUGGCAUGGGUGUCAGCGCUCGUGCAUCGAAGAUCUCACCCCACCAAUUUCAUUAUGCUGCCACCGCCCCUGCCCCUCUUUACCAGCGAAACUUGACCCAAAGCCAAAACCAGCAAAUUAUUUACUCUUCGAAUGCCAAUCCCCCUCACCUACAAUCCCGACCGCCCUCUUCUGCCUUGCAGCCCCUCGCCCCUCCCCCUCCCCCUCCUUUUGUCCCUGUUGCCGGUGCUGCUGCUGGUGCUCCAGCGAUGCCGUCGGCCUUUCGAACUCUACCUCAGUCUGCCCGUCAUGCCCCCUAUCUUUCGGCCGUCAAGUCGCACGCUCAGCAGCAGCAUCACCUCCCAUCCACCAAUACUUUUGCCAACGUCCGGGAACUUAUUGCUCGCCGCCGCUUAGCACAAAUUACCGACCACGCCAAUGUUUUUGCCGGAUACACUAUCGUCAGCCCCGAACUGGUGGUCGAGACUCUGUUGGGUCCUAUGGGCUCAAUACCACCGGCCAAUGGCCUCGAGAAGCUGGAGCUAGCAAUGGCCCAGCAACGGGUUCAGCCACGGGCUGCGGAUGGGACUUUGCUGCCGCCUCAGACUCUGAACAUGCGGUCGGAGGAGGUCACCCGGCUCCUUCAGAUGCUGCGGUUUUCGCUGGUUAGCCACCGCGAGCGACUUGAUGUUAUUCAGAAGAAGGAGUUGGAGGGUAUAAAACAGGAAACCGUUGAUCGAGGUAGUGUGGCCGCUGCUAAGAUGCCAGGAAAAUAUGCCUACCUUGAUCAACAGCGGUCGCUAGCUCCCAACGUCUAUCACUCUCCCUACAACAUGCCGUCGGGUCUCUCUGAAUAUGCCAAGGCUACCUACGGAUUGGUUCCUGCGGCAGACGACCCGCCCAAACCAUCACUGGCGAACGAUUACUUCAAUCAUUUGCCGCGGGAGUAUCAAGAAACAAUUUUAAAAGCCUGUGGUAGUUUCGUGCAACGAGCAAUCCAACGGUCGACUAGUCACAGCCGGCAAAGUUCAUCCUCAAAUCUCCGGCUCUCGGCGGCUCUGGCACAACAAACGGAAAAUCCGACAAUUGACAUCACCCCGGUGGAGGAUCCUCCACUUCUGUCGGGUCUAGAUAUGCCGCUCCACGCAGAUUCUCCAUGCUCCAGUUUCGGUCGGUCGCAUCUACGAUUCCAGUCACCAAAUGAGUUCCCCAUCCACGGUCCAGAUCCUCAUCCAGAUCACCACGAUUUGUUCGGAGAUCAGCAGUUGAAUACCCGCUUCUGGCAGAACGGGCCAUGGGUCGGCGGGGAUGGUAACACUCCAAAUGACGAGAACCGACCGUUCUUCGGACCACAUAUCUUCGGACCGCACGAACGACUCAAACAUGACUAUGCAUCCUCCGACAUAUCCCUGGGCAAGGGACCUGGAUCCUUGCACUCUGUCGAUAUGGCAGGCUUUGGCCCGGACUUGAACGAUGACCUCGGACUAAGUCCAUAG